AGAGGGGAAAGAGAGAGUGAGCGAGCGACUGAGAGGGAGAUGGCAGAGGAGGUGGUGCUAGGGUUUCUGAAGGACCACGAUGGGAUUAAUGACUCCGGCGAGUUUGCAGCAACCCUCGGUGUCGACCACAACGAACUCGUCAACGUCAUCAAGAGUCUACACGGAUUCAGGAUCGUCGACGCUCAGGACAUAAAGAAGGAAAAGUGGGUGCUUACAGAUGAAGGGAAAUCAUACACAGUGGCUGGUUCUCCAGAAAUGCAGCUAUUCCAGGCAAUACCACCAGAAGGGAUCUCAAGAGAGGAGUUGCAGGUACUUUUGUUCUUUUGUUUGCUUUGUUUCUCUAGCAUCAGCAAAUGUAUCUUGUGCACAGAUAUGCCCUCGUCCACCAUUCUCUCGCUGCAGCUGGAACUGGUGUACAUCAGCGGCUUGUUGAAAAGGGUGGAUCCUUCCGUCUACAAAAUUGGAUGUUCCCAGGCCAUGAAAAACAAAUGGGUGGAAAUGGGGAAGCUCCUAGUCUCCAGAAAGGUUCAACAUGUGGGGGAUCGAGUAAAAGAUGUCCUUCUGAAGAUUAGUGAUGGAAAGGAGGUUGGUGCAGAGGAUAUUGAUAGCUUGAAGAAAAGGAAGCUGAUUGCUUUACAGACAUGGAAGGGUUAUUCUUUACGAAAGGGUCCUAACUAUGUUGUUAAAAGGAUGAAAGCACUUACAGAUCUGACAAGAGAGCAGUUACAAAGGGGUGACUGGAAAGAUUUGGAAUUCAAGGAUUACAAUUUCAAUGCUCGAGGCCAGCCAACUGAAGGAGGGCAUCUUCAUCCUCUUCUCAAGGUACGAGCUCAAUUCAGAGAAAUAUUUCUUGAAAUGGGAUUCGAGGAGAUGCCAACAAAUAACUAUGUAGAGAGCAGCUUUUGGAAUUUUGAUGCCCUCUUCCAACCACAGCAGCAUCCUGCCCGUGAUUCACAUGAUACCUUCUUUCUCCAAGUGCCUUCAACUACCAAAUCGCUUCCUGAAGAUUACGUUGAUCGUGUAAAACAAAUUCAUGAAUCUGGUGGUUAUGGUUCAAAGGGAUAUGAAUAUGAAUGGAAAAGGGAAGAGGCAAACAAAAAUUUGCUCCGAACUCAUACAACAGCUGUUUCAUCAAGGAUUUUGUAUUUGCUUGCUCAGAAACCUUUCACUCCAAAAAGAUAUUUCUCUAUCGAUCGUGUCUUUCGAAAUGAAGCAGUUGAUCGGACACAUCUUGCCGAGUUUCAUCAGAUUGAAGGUAUCAUAUGCGAUCGGGGGCUUACACUUGGUGAUCUAAUUGGAGUGUUAAAUGAGUUCUUUUCUCGCUUGGGUAUGUCGAAGCUUCGUUUUAAACCAGCUUACAAUCCAUACACUGAGCCCAGUAUGGAAAUUUUCAGCUAUCAUGAAGGUUUCAAGAAAUGGGUUGAGGUGGGGAACUCCGGCAUGUUUAGGCCUGAAAUGCUACUUCCAAUGGGCUUACCAGAAGAUGUCCGUGCCAUUGCAUGGGGCCUGUCCCUUGAGAGGCCCACGAUGAUUCUCUAUGGAAUAGACAACAUCAGAGACCUAUUUGGGCAUAAGGUUGAUCUUGGGCUGAUCAAGACAAACCCAAUUUGCCGUCUUGGGAUACAGUAGGUUGGAGGUGCAUUGAUAUUUUUUUCAAGGGUAUAAGAUAACCAUGAGGUAAGCGAGUUCAGUUGGUAAGCCGUACGUUGGCUGUUGUCGAUUGGAUAUUGUAAAUGAAGCAGAAGCAGUGAAAUUUUGUCAGAAAGUGAUGGGUGAAUUGCAGGUAAAAUUGCAAUAAGCACUUUACGUUUUUCAUUCUUGAAGCAGGUGAUGUUGAUUGUUACCCGCGGCUUAUUUUUUUGUAAGGUACUCGGCACAGGAACAAAUGGUUCCGGUUUAUACUUCAUUUGAUAUUUAAGACUUCUAGCAGUUUAUUGCCAUGAAUAUUAAAGCUAAUUUGUUUGGAUAAACAAA